AUGACAUAUCAAUGCACAUAUAAAGUUGCACCAGGUACAAAGAUUUUUAAUUAUGUUGCAAGCAGCUCUUAUGGUAGUAAUAUUUUUGAAGUUGAUUGCAAUAAUUUUAGUCGUUUACAUACCUUUCCAAUAUUGCCAAUUUCAUCAAUAGAUUUUUCAGUUUUUCGAGUAAAAAAAUAUUUGGAAAUGCUUGACGCAGAUUGUUCUCCUUGGCCUGAUAAUGUGCCUAAAGUGAUACUCAAAAAUUGUUCUCUCUAUUUAGCAGGUCCCCUAUCUAUUUUAUUUACUCAUUCACUUUCUCGUGGUCAUUUCCCACAGUUUUGGAAGGAGUCCUUUAUUAGAGCUGUACAUAAAAAUGGACUUAAAAAUGAUGUGACUAAUUAUCGGACAAUUGCCAAGUUAUCGUCCAUUCCUAAAUUAUUUGAACUAAUGAUCUUUGAUUUCAUUUAUGACCAAUGUUCACGUCGAUUAGUGCCAAAUCAGCACGGUUUUGUUAAAAAACGGUCUACUACAAGUAAUUUAGUGGAUGCGAUUUCCUUUUAUUUAAAUGCGACGGAGUCCGGUUUUCAAACAGAUGUCAUUUACACAGAUUUGUCAAAAGCAUUUGGCCUAUUACCACAUAGUGUGAUUUUAUAUAAAUUGAGCAAAUUUGGUUUCCCUUCAAAUUUGUUGGAUUGGAUUAAAUCCUAUUUAUUGGAUCGUGUUAUAAUUGGAAGAAAAUCAGCUUUGAUAAAGUACGUACGUAAAUCAAAGUUAACACGUUCUUCAUCAGUUACGCCUCCAACUUCAACAGUACUAAUUGAGCGUAAUAGUAAAAGUUCAUUAAACUGA